AUGGGCACAGAUCGUAUCGUCACUGUUCUAGGCGCAACCGGGGUUCAGGGUGGUGCUGUGGUUCGACAUCUGUCGAGACAAGGUGGUUACUCCUUGCGCGCCGUGACGCGCAAUCCCGAUGGCCUUUCCGCCAAGAAGCUUGCUGAACUGCCACACGUCACCCUCUUCCAGGGAGACAUGUCCACCCCUGCAACGUUAAAGGGGGCUUUUACAGGCGCGGAGGCCGUCUUUGUUAUCACAAACUUCUAUGACUUGGUGGACAACAGCCUCGAAGAAGCCCGCCAGGGCUGCGCUAUGGCUGACCUCGCCCAAGAAGUCGGUGUUGAGCUGUUCAUCUGGUCCGCUAUCCCGAGCGCGCUCGUACGAACUGGUGCCAAAUAUGCCAGUAAUCCCCUCGUUGAAAACAAGUCAGUUGUGACCCGCUACUUGGCAUACAAGAAGGUUCCUCACGUUGUGGUUUAUGUGGGAUGGUAUUACGAUAACUUUGUGAACUGGAAGGCCAUCACUAAAGUUGAUGACGGAUCACUUGUGCUGGAGCAAGCUUUGUUGGACCGUGACGCCCCGCAAGGAUUCAGCUGGGUUGAGAAAGACCUCGGACCUACUGUUGAAGCGAUUGUGUCUCAGUAUCGCCAGAGGCCAGAAGUUCUCAAUCAUCCAGUAUACUCGGUCGCCAGGCACGAUACUAUAGGUAACGUCAUUGAGGAGAUUGAAAAGCAGACAGGUUUGGAGGUGCGGUUGAAAACUCCCAAAACCACAGGAAUCAAAGAUCUGGACGAACUCUAUGGAUAUGAGAAUGAAUAUGGUGUACUCACGGAUGUAUCUCUGCCUGACGAGUGGACAACUUCACUUGGCGUGAAAUUUCAUACACUGGAGGAAUUUGUCAAGGAAAUCAUUUUGCCAUAUGUAGCAAGCCUUUGA